GUGAGUAGUUGUUCGUUGUUCGUACGCCGGUAAAACUAUCCGACGAAUCUCAUCCGAGGAUACGACAUCGGACAACAGAGUACUAGAAGAACUCUCCUAAACUACAAAAAUGGGCAAGGAGAAGAUACACAUUAAUAUCGUCGUUAUUGGACACGUCGAUUCCGGCAAGUCGACCACUACUGGUCACUUGAUCUACAAAUGCGGUGGUAUCGACAAGCGUACCAUUGAGAAAUUCGAGAAAGAAGCCCAGGAGAUGGGCAAAGGUUCCUUCAAAUAUGCCUGGGUACUCGACAAACUUAAGGCCGAACGUGAGCGUGGUAUUACUAUUGACAUUGCCUUGUGGAAGUUUGAAACCUCUAAAUACUAUGUGACGAUUAUCGAUGCUCCUGGACACAGAGAUUUUAUCAAAAACAUGAUCACUGGUACCUCGCAGGCUGAUUGUGCCGUAUUGAUCGUCGCUGCUGGUACUGGUGAAUUCGAGGCUGGAAUUUCAAAGAAUGGACAGACUCGCGAGCACGCUCUUCUCGCGUUCACCCUUGGUGUCAAGCAGUUGAUUGUCGGAGUUAACAAAAUGGAUUCCACCGAGCCCCCGUAUUCUGAGACUCGAUUCGAGGAAAUUAAGAAGGAAGUGUCGUCCUACAUCAAAAAGAUCGGUUACAAUCCAGCCGCUGUUGCAUUCGUGCCAAUCUCCGGCUGGCACGGAGACAAUAUGUUGGAAGUAUCCGCCAAGAUGCCCUGGUUUAAGGGAUGGGCUGUAGAGCGAAAGGAAGGCAAAGCCGAAGGUAAAUGUCUUAUCGAAGCUUUGGAUGCCAUCCUACCACCUACCAGGCCAACUGACAAGGCCCUUCGUCUUCCCCUUCAGGACGUGUACAAGAUUGGUGGUAUUGGAACAGUACCCGUCGGUCGUGUUGAGACUGGUGUACUGAAACCUGGUAUGGUCGUUACUUUUGCACCCGCUGGAUUGACGACUGAAGUUAAGUCCGUUGAAAUGCAUCACGAAGCUCUGCAGGAGGCUGUGCCCGGCGAUAACGUUGGUUUCAACGUCAAGAACGUGUCUGUUAAAGAAUUGCGCCGUGGAUACGUCGCUGGAGAUUCCAAGAAUAACCCACCCAAGGGUGCUGCUGAUUUCACUGCACAGGUCAUCGUGCUCAAUCAUCCUGGUCAAAUCAGCAACGGAUACACACCUGUAUUGGAUUGCCACACUGCUCACAUCGCCUGCAAGUUCGCUGAAAUUAAGGAGAAGUGCGAUCGCCGUACUGGCAAAACCACCGAAGAAAACCCGAAGGCCAUCAAGUCCGGUGAUGCCGCCAUUGUUGUCCUGGUACCCAGCAAGCCCAUGUGUGUUGAGGCUUUCCAAGAGUUCCCACCUUUGGGACGUUUCGCUGUUCGUGACAUGCGUCAGACAGUAGCUGUUGGCGUCAUCAAGGCCGUCACCUUUAAGGAUCAAGCGGGCAAAGUCACCAAGGCCGCUGAGAAAGCCCAGAAGAAGAAAUAACUAUUGUAAUAGUUUCCGUGCAUACACCGAUAGUUUCCGUGCGAAUAUGCCACCGGGCGAACGACGGCGUACAUCAGCCGUAACUCAUCCUCCUUUGUAUGACUUGCGAGAGACGAACUUGGCAACAUUGUCUACAACGGAGUUCCUCGUGAGGACUUUAUCGCGAGCUACGAUCGGAAAUGAGAGAACGAUGAUCCAAUCGCGCAGAUUGGCUCCUCGUGCAUGCAAGAUUGCGCUGCCGCGUUUCCUCGGCGCGCGGACAUUUCGCUUGUCGAAAUGGCUCCGUCAUUUUUUUCAUCGUAAGGAGUUUCGCAGGAAAGAAUACGGGAUGUUUAUCUCUGGCCGAUGAUAUAUAUUUUCGUCUCGUGGGAGUCCGCAAGGAGGAAGAGCGAACUUCGCGCGAGCUAUCGCGAAACAACGUACACCUACCAACUACUUCAUAACGAACAUCAACAUAAUUUAGCGCGGCUUAAUUAUAUUUUCUAAUUACUAUACGGAAAUAAAUUCUGUAUAUAUCCGAUA